CCUUCUAUUGAUAAGAUGUGUAAGCGGGUUAAAAAUGUCAUAAACAAUAAUCCUUGUCUAUGUUUGUCUAUGUUAUUUUUUUAUAAUUUAAAAUAAAGUCAGUCGUUACUUGUCACUUUCAAGCGUCGUUUCAUUUUAGGUUAUGGGCCCAGUAGUCCCAAAGCAUUAUUAGUUUUAAAAAGUCUGCAUGGUUCCAAGUGUAAAUUGACGGAAUUAGGUAUUGAGUUCGAGACGUGUCGUAUUGGAUUCGUGCAUCGUGUACCAUGACAUCGCACUAUCGCACAUCGGAUAAACUAAGAAGUUUAUUUGAUGAUUCGGGUUUUACGAGAAAAAUAAGUUUACUGCGUUAAAGUACGCACCUCGAUUCGUCUAGAAAAUUGUAACUCAAUGGCGUCGUAUGUAACUCAGUUGAUAGAAACUGGACAGAAAUUAAGUGGUACGGGUUUCAAAAUUAGUGAUGAGUGGAUUGGGUGCCUUCUUUUAGCCGGAUUGCCUGAAAAAUAUAUGCCUAUGAUCAUGGCGAUCGAGCAUUCAGGAAUAGGUGUCACAACGGACGCCAUUAAAACAAAAUUAUUAGACAUGGCGGAAAUGGAUAUCAACGUGUGUCGUGAAACAAGUGCAUUCGCAAGUUCACGGAAGUGGCAACCUAAGACCAAAAAUAAGUCUAUGGGCAGUGCUGACGGCCACUCAUCUGUCAAAUGUUAAAAGUGUCAACAAACCGGCCAUUACCGGAAUCAGUGUCCGAACAAUAUAGUUAAUCAGUUUCAUGAGAAGAAAACAAACCAACGCAUUUAGUGCAGUGUUUCUAAAUGGAAAUUUUAGUAAGGAGGAUUGGUAUAUUGACUCGGGCGCAAGUACACACUUAACAGUUAACGAAAGUUGGGCCAUUAAUACCAGAUAUGGACAGAAAGAGGAAAUAAUUGUUGCAAACAGCAACAAGUUACAAGUUUUAUGUACCGGCGAUGUAAAUAUUAUCACGAAAACAGAUGAAUUUGAGUAUGAGGUGCCAAUAAAGGGAGUACUCCGUGUUCCGGAACUGACUUCAAACUUAUUGUCUAUAAGCCAACUGUUGAAAAAUGGUAAUAAGAGAGAAGGGAUCAUUCACCAGAAAAGUAAUCCCUAUACCCCAGAGCAAAAUGGCUUCUGUGAACGUCGAAAUCGCUCAAUAGUUGAAAAGGCAAGAUGCUUGUUAUUCGAUGCCCAACUGGGUAAGGAUUUUUGGACCGAAGCAACCAACACAGCUGUAUAUCUUCAAAAUCGUAUUGUAGCGUCAGGUUUAGAAGGAAAAACACCUUAUGAAAUAUGGACAGGAAGCAAACCAAAUUUAAGUCAUCUUAGAGUAUUUGGUAGCAAGGUCAUGGUCCAUAUUGCAAAAGAGAAGAGGCAAAAAUGGGAUAAGAAAUCAGAACAACAUAUAUUGGUGGGAUAUCCUGAUGGAGUAAAAGGUUAUAGAGUGUAUAACCCUAGAAGUAAAAAGAUAACAACCAGCAGAGACGUUAUAAUCAUAGAACCAACGGACCACAGUGAAGUUAUGUUGCCAUUAGAAAGAUCUGGACAAAAUACUCAAAUUACAGAAGAAAAUACUAUUAUAGAAGAUAAAGAAGAUACUGAUGAAAGUGACACUACAUUAUUUUCUGAUGAAACUUAUGUACCUGGGUGUUUCUUCAAAAAACUUUAACUUUUAUUUAACAAAUCAUUAUCCUCCCGCGUUGUUAAGCAUCGCAGUAAC